AUGGCGUCUCUGCCGCUGGACGUAGAGCGUGAGUGGCAUGGCGUGGAAAUCACCUACGAUGGUGCCAGUGUCCGUCUUCAGCUUGACUCGAACACUAAGAUCAUCCAAAACUUACAAUACCUGGAGCUAGGGAGUAUGAUCCCAAUUAAACAUGUGACGUACCAUGGGGAUAACUCUUACCUGAGAAUUCCUUCUGAGACAAAAGGGGAUAAUUCUGUGUACAGCGCCGCAUUUGACCUAAGGACGUACGACAUCAAUGCUACUCUGCUGUUUGUGGACAUGGGACAUGGAGUGAAUAUUACAGUUGAUUUAGAAGAUAACAUGCACUUACUGGCGAUAUAUAUGGAUGGCGAAUCCGUUGUGCAAAUUCUUUAUGAAUUAUACACAGGUGGAAUUCCUAACUCGAUGGGUUUCAAAGGUUGUAUGAAAGAUGUUCUCAUUGAUGGUAAAGACAUGGAUCUGUCUCGACUUAAUCCACAGGACAUCACAAUGGCGACUGUUGGCAGAUAUGUGCUGAAGAAAGCUGCUCUCAUGGAGGACAAUGCCAUCAGACGAGGAGCGGAUUUGCCUGUAACUGUUCUGAUACAGGGUAUACCGGUGCCAUUUGCCAUACACUCUUGCAACUGUGAUGCUGGUUCAUCGGUGCCAGCCUCGGAUAGCGGAUACUUGUCUGAGAAGUCCCACCUCCCUGUCACACAGGUUCGUUUUGGCGACACAGGAACUAUUGAUGAUGACAAAGAAGGAAGAUUUCGUGUUGGCCCAGUAGUUUGCCAAGGUGACACUGUACUGGACAACACAGUGACGUUUAACAAGUUAGGUGCCAGCACCAAACUACCUCUGACAUUCACGGAAACGCCUCUCGACCUUUCGUUCCAGUUUAGAACAGGGAUUAGGCGAGCUUAUUUAAUACAUGCCCAAGGUUUGACAGAUCCAAAAGAUGGCGCCAUCGUCAACGCUUUGGCAAUCAGAUUGUCAGGUUCUUUCUCGUUGGUGGUUGACUUCAUUUUAAACAAGAAGAGAAUAAUUUUUAAGAAAGACGUCACUUUUCGACUAAAUGACAACAGGUGGCACAGCGUUUAUUUUGAGUUUAACGUCAUCGAGGCCACAGUCAUCGUGGAUGGAGAAACUGGACGCAUAUGGAGAACUGAAGCAUGGACUCCAAAAUACGAUUUCCGGACAAAGGAACCAAUUGUCGUUGGCAAUUCCUUAAAGGGUGUGAAUGGUUUCCUUGGUUGUAUGAGAGAGCUUCAGUUGAACGGUCGAUAUGUGGAUCUAAUUGGUGCCAGCAAACGUCCAAAAGUUUCCACUGGUGUACAACCAGAUCUCGGCGCCCAUAUAAAGGCAGACGGGGGAAUCAUGUAUCGUUUGGACAAACGUCUCAGCGAAGAGGAACGAAUCUUCCGAACAUUAAAAUUUGGUUUUAAAACAACGAGGAACCUAGGAGUGUUAACACACAUCACUAACGCUCAUCCUGGGUUUCCAGACUUCAUCUCCAUAGAGCUUGGCACUGACGGCCGUGUAUUGAUAUACAUUGACGUUGGUCAUGGGGAGGAUACCAUCCACAGUAGUGCGGGCAAGGUGAACGACGGCAAAAUCCAUCAUUUAGUUCUAACCUACAACAGAAGUGAAGAGGAGAUCGUUCUUAAGGUAGACACUGUUACCGACGUGUUUAAUCUGACCAGAACACCAACUGGAGUGGACACCGUUCUGGACACUCCGAAGCGCUUGUAUAUUGCUAGAGUAGCCAGAACGGUUCCUGGUGCAGGAUUUGAAGGGUGUAUCUUCCGAUUACUUUACAACGAUCAUCCCGUUUUACAGGAUGUCUUUCUGAACCCUACACCUCAGCAUGUAUUCCUUGUCGGACGUGGUAAAAUACGAAGGAGCUCUUGUGGAUUGAGUGAAAGCGUUCCUCGGGAAAUUAGACAGCUCCACGGACCUCAGCCUCUUCCUCCAGGAAACACAGGGGUAUCUGCACCACAGUCGCCAAUUGUGACGAACCUCACGGCUCGGGUGUCUCUGGACGUUGUCGAAACCCUGGAAAGAUCACAUGUGAUGGCCGGUUUCCAGGAAGUUACUUGUAGAGCUAACGGUGCACCUUCCCCGAUUUACACCUGGUUGAAGAAUGGUGGGCCUUUGUCCUGCCCACAUCUUGUCGUACCUGGUGGGCUCCUGCUUAUGCCGGAGGACGAUCGGCUGGACGGAAGUUACCAGUGUGUUGCUCACAAUGCCAAUGGUAGAGCUCUCUCCGAUAAGGUUCAUUUCCAGGCGCCCAGAAUAACUGCUUUGCGAUCGGUUCGACGCCACAAACUGGUCAUUAGAGAAGGUGGAUUCCUCCGGUUAGAAUGUAGCGAGCACGUUGACAGUCUACCAGCUACAAAAACAUCAUGGUUAUACAAAUCUUCGAUGACCAAUAACACACGAAUUUUCCAAAGCCCUACUGGUGCGUUAAAUAUACUGCCAGUCAUGCAGUCAGACACCGGAUCAAAUUUCACCUGUGUGAAGACCAACGAACUACUGGAUGUCAGCAUCAAGGUCAAGGUUAUAACGCUAACCGUUAUAAGGGUAACAGUGAAGGAUUCCAGUAAAUCUGCUCAGGUUGACACCCGUUUAGUAUACAAGACACCUCCGCCUCUCACAGCUUUUAUCGGACAAACUGUGCGGCUGGAGUGUCUGCUUAAAGGAGAGGCAGCACAAGAACUAAAAUGGCACAGGCAGAACAUAACUGACGACGCCACCUUGCGCUGGGAAUUUGAAAACAACGGGAGACAACUUUUAAUUACAAAUGUAACAGAGAGUGACCAGGGAUGGUAUUUUUGUUCAACCAGUAUUGCAACAUAUGCAAGGUUCUUUGUGGACAUAACCUCUCCUCCAAUUUGGACGAAAGGGUUAAAGUCCACAACGGUGUAUCGUGGUGACCAGGCAAACUUCACCUGUGUUUCUAGAUCAGCGGCUGGCGAACCGUUGCCACGAAAGCCGCGCUGGUUCAAAAACGGGAGGCGUUUGUUAGGUGAUAAAAGGCAUACCUUUAGAGAGAACAACACCAUACUGACAAUUAAAAAUGUAACGAAAGAAAAGGACUUUCAAACUAUUCAGUGCAAUGUGUCAAACCACAGGGGCUAUAGUUUUGCCGAAGCUGUGCUGGAUAUAGUGGAACCAUUACAGAUUGUGGCUCACACUCGGGAGGUGUCAGCGACAAGAGGCGAGACUGUGUCAAUCCAGGUUUCCGUUACUCUGGACAAAAAAUUAGAUGCCACCUUCACCUGGUUGAAAACAGACCAGCAUAUCGGCAAGUUGAAAACCACGAACAGCGAUCCACGCAAAGUCUUCAAGGUGACGUCCACGCGUAACACCAGUACGCUGACGUUGAACACGCAGCACGUGGCUGACGAAGACGUCAUGUCCUACACUGGGUAUUACGUGUGCGUCGUUACGGAUGGCGUGGGCGAGCGAACAACACAAGGGAAGAUUGUGAUCACGUUACCACUGUCACCUCAACCAGGAGAUGACUCUUCCAUUUUAUAUGGAUUGGCUAUUGCCAUCACUCUAGGCGUUGUGUUCAUUGGAGCUGUGGUCGGUAUAAUCUGCAUAACGAGGCGGAGGAAGAAAGGGCGUCAAGAUGAAGUUGCUGAACUUCCCUUGAAGUCGCCCGUGGGCUCUACGUCAUGAAGCUAAGCACCAACCCACUGCUGUCUUAUGAAAGGCGUGGACCACUACGACGGAGACUUCCUUACCGUUCCGUUAUUUUAUAAAUAGGAGUUUUCAAGCUUAACUAUAUGACGCACGUUGAUCAAAAUUGCAUUAUAAGCCAACAGCAGAUUCUUUAUGUAGCGUGUGCAGUGUGCAGCAAAUAUUUAAUAGUGUACGGUAUAAGAUUUUAUAUUUUAAAACCAUGGUAGUUGGGUUGUCCUUGUCUUGAGAAAACGCUUUACAGAUUUAUAAUCACCGACACCUUGGUUAGCGUCAUUUUUUUUUUUUUUGUGUGUGUGUUCUGGUUGUUGCUUCUAGGGCACUGAUUCUGUGCCAAAUCAACACAAAUCAAGAAUGACUAAGUGAUAUGUUGCCCGUGAAUACGACCUGGCACGGCACAGUUUCGCUAUACACAAGGAAUGCCACGCUUGAAGUCUGUCAUAUUCCUUUCCAUGCUUGCUAAAAGUUUGUUCCCUGAUUUUCUGUGCUCUUCCACAUUUAUGAUGCUAUGUAACCCCGUGUACAUUUGUGUAUAUAUAAAAAGUUUGAAAUGUA